AUGUUUGAUGCCACUCGUGUUGUUCUCGCAGGAAUAAUCGAUGACGUAGCUCAUACUACUUUUGCUCAACGUGGAGAUGCUGAAGGAGCUUGGCGUAACAUGCAAUCAUUUGAGUUUGUCUUUAUUCUUCACUUGAUAGAGAAAGUAAUGGGAAAAACCGAAAUACUUUCUCAAGCAUUACAAAGGAAAUCCCAAGAUAUUCUGAAUGCAAUGGAAUUAGUUUCGGCAACAAAGAUAACUCUAAAUAAUUACAGAAACGAUGGAUGGGAUUCUUUAAUUAAAGAAGUUACUUUGUUUUGUAACAAACAUCAAAUAGAAGUUCCGGAUAUGAAAGCUCCAUUUACAUCUACUCGGUAUCGGGCUUGUAAAAACGAUCUUCAAUUUACAUUUGAGCAUUAUUACCGAGUAGAUUUGUUUACAUCCACAUUGGAUAAACAGAUACAUGAGUUAAAUAGUAGAUUCAAUGAGCGCACGAUUGAGUUGUUAUCUCUUAGUUCUAGUCUAGUUUCAAAAGUGAUUAACAUUGAUCAGAUUUGUCUUCUAGUUGAGAAGUUUUAUCAUGAAGAUUUUACGGACAAAGAGAUCACUGGGUUACGAAGACAGUUAGAGCUUUUUAAUGUUGAAUUGUCAGAGAAUAUCAGGCUAAGUAGUGUAUCAACUCUUUCUGAUCUAUGCAAAACUCUUGUGAAAACUAACAAACGAGAGGAGUACGCUUUGGUUGAUAGAGUUGUUCGGCUAAUCUUGACACUUCCAGUUUCAACUGCAACAACAGAGCGGGGAUUUUCAGCAAUGAAAAUAUUCAAGAAUCGCCUUCGCAAUAAAAUGGCUGAUGAAUAUCUCACAGAUAGCUUGGUGAUUUACAUAGAAAAAGAAAUUGCUGAUAAGUUUGAUUCGGAAGACAUAAUUGAUGAAUUCAAAAAUCUUAAAGGUCGUCGGGCUGAGUUGUAA